AUGGGCAAGCGUGGAGAGGUUCUGCUCGGCCAUCAAGGUCGCGCCAACUAUGAGCAUUCUUCCUUGUGGUCUUUUGGAGCAUUCUGGAGCAUAUGGGACGUGAGGAGCAUGGAGGGACUUGGCAUGGACGCAGCUCAACUGGAUACGCAAAGGAAGAAGGAGGAAGCCAUCUUGAAGACCAGCUCGACCAUCCUCAACUCGACCGGCCAAGCUUCAACUCGAUCGAGCUGA